UCAGUUUUGGUAUCUGCUAAAUACAUGUACCUAUAACUAUAUAUAACUAUAAAAAUGAAUUAUGCUGUUUCAAGCUUGGAUGUGUUGUGCAGUUCUUGACAUCAAGAGACGCCCACUGCAUAAUUGUAUACGUUUUGAAAACGAAUUCAUCCCGUUAAACAUGUUGAAGGUCACUAUUAGAGAGAUGUAUGAUCAAAGUUUCUAAUUGGCUUGUUUUGGAAAUUGGAGCGAACGUGGCGUUCCCUGCGCGUCUUCUACGUCAUGUCAUAUGGUGGCAUUUUGUUCACACGCAACUUUGGAUAGGCAGGAACCGCCGGCAUUUAACAGCGCCAAGACACCUUAUCAAGCGUCAGCAAUAGAGCUACUCCCGGAUUUAAACCCGGAUAGAAGUCUAGCUUAUCGGAGUGAUCUUGUUUCAAGAGCGGCAAGUUGCGUUCCUCAUUCAAGCAUUGUAGGAGCUUCUUGGGAGGCGUGAAAGUCUUACAGUCAUCAGGACGCCUGCAAUACAAAGAUUCCCCGGGGUAAAUUCCCUGAAGAUGAACGAGUUUGAAUUCCACCAAGUUUGAGUCUGAGUCGUUUGGCAAGUCUGCAAAGAUGAACAGAAACGGGACAAAUCGCCAGUUGGUCCAGCUGAGUGGAGGACCUUUGAACAGAAUACUGGUAUCCUGCAUUGUACUAUGCCUCAUUGCUGUAGCUGUCUCUGAUGAGGAUUAUUAUAAAUUACUUGCUGUGUCCAAAGAAUCAAGCACUAGAGAGAUUCGACAGGCCUUCAAGAAGCUGGCCCUAAUUAUGCACCCAGACAAAAAUCCAAAUGAUGAUACUGCCCAUGAUAAGUUCCUGAAGAUCACCCGAGCUUAUGAGGUGCUGAAGGAUGAGGACCUGAGGAAAAAGUAUGACAAGUAUGGAGAGAAGGGACUGGAUGAGCAACAGAGUGGACGAUAUGAAAGCUGGAACUUUUACAGAUACGAUUUCGGUAUCUAUGACGAUGAUCUGGAGGUCAUCACUUUAGACAGAGGAGACUUUGAUGCGGCGGUCAAUUCUGGGGAGCUGUGGUUCAUAAAUUUCUACUUCCCUCGCUGUUCGCACUGCCAUGACCUUGCCCCAACGUGGAGGGAGUUUGCCAAGGAAAUGGAUGGGGUGAUUAGGAUCGGUGCUGUGAACUGCGGCGACAACGGGAGGGUGUGCCGCAGCAAGGGUGUCUCCAGUUAUCCCAGCCUGUACAUGUUCAAAGCUGGAAUGAAUGCUGAGAAGUACUUUGGAGACCGGUCGAAAGACAGCUUGACAAAGUUUGCCAUGCAGUUUGUGAAGAGCAGAGUCACUGAGCUUUGGCAAGGAAACAUCUUCACUGAGAUCGACAAUGCAUUUGCAGCCCGGAUAGGGUGGUUGAUUACUUUCUGUGCAGACACGGGAGAUUGCCUGGAGUCUCAAACAAGGCUGAAACUAGCUGGAAUGUUGGAGGGUCUGGUCAAUGUUGGCUGGAUGGACUGCUCCACGCAAGCAGAUCUUUGUGAGAGUUUCGAGGUGACCUCGAGCACAACAGCUUUUUUCCCCCCUGGAAGCAUGCUGAAAAACAAAGGAAGUGUGCUGUUCCUCCAGAGUCUGGAUGCGAGAGAGAUUUAUACCCAGGUGCUGCAGCAUCUCCCUGAGCUGGAGACCCUCUCAAAGGAUUCCUUUGAGCCGAAACUGGCUCGUCAUCGCUGGCUGGUUAGCUUCACGUUCGGACAAACCGGAUUGGCCUCCCAUGAAUACAAGAAGCUGAGUGCCCUCCUCAAACACGACAACAUUCAGGUCGGCAAGGUUGACUGUCUCACUGAGGUCGAGCUCUGUAGUUCCCUCUACAUUCAGAAGCCCUGCCUCGCCGUCUUCAAAGGCCUUGGCACUCACGACUUUGAGAUUCAUCACGGCAAGGACGUGCUGUACAACAUUGUGGCCUUCGCUAAGGAGAGCGUGAAGGCCCAUGUCACCACACUGAGGCCUGAGAACUUCCCCAGCCACGAGAAGGAGCCCUGGCUGGUGGACUUCUUUGCCCCUUGGUGUCCUCCCUGCCGGGCCCUGCUGCCUGAGCUGAGGAAGGCCUCCAUUCAGCUGGUUGGACAGAUGAAGUUUGGGACGCUGGACUGCACCAUCCACGACAGACUGUGCAGCACGUAUAAUAUCCAAGCGUACCCGACCACCGUCAUCUUCAACAAGUCCAGCAUCCACGAGUACGAGGGCCACCACUCGGCAGAUGGUAUCCUGGAGUUUAUUGAGGACCUGGUCAACCCGGUGGUGGUGACCCUGAAUCCGGACACCUUCCCUGAGCUGGUGAAGAGGAGGAAGUCAGAAGUGAUGUGGAUGGUGGACUUCUACGCUCCGUGGUGCGGCCCAUGCCAGGCCCUGCUGCCCGAGUGGAGGAGAGUGGCACGGAUGCUGAACGGGAUGAUAAACGUUGGCACUGUGGACUGCCAGAAGCACCACUCCUUUUGCCAGGGCGAGGGGGUGCGGGCCUACCCAGAGAUCCGCCUCUACUCGCACAGUGCCGCCCGAAGCGACCAGUACCAAGGUUACAGUGGCUGGCACAGAGAUGCACAUUCCAUUCGCACCUGGGCAAUGGGGUUCCUGCCCAGGGCGUCAGUGGACCUAUCCCCAGAGGACUUCAAGAACCGGGUCCUUGGGGGCACUGAGCACUGGGUGCUGGACUUCUACGCCCCCUGGUGUGGGCCCUGCCAGCACUUCGCCCCAGAGUUUGAGGCCCUCGCACGGACGAUGAAGGGCGUGGUGCGGGCCGGCAAAGUGGACUGUCAGGCUCACCAUCAGGCCUGCCAGAGCGCCGGAGUCAGGGCCUACCCAACCGUCCGCUUCUACCCGUACCUUGGCACCAAGAGGCGGGACCACGGCGGCGAGCCCAUCAACAGCCACGACGCCGGCGUCAUCGCCGACAUCCUGCGGCAGCGCCUCCAGCAACUAUCGCCAUGGUUACAGGCCAAGUCCACCAAACUCGGGGAUGAACUAUAAAAGGAAAUCAAGGAAAUUAAAGUUUUUAGUUGAUGAGCAGAUGGAAAGGAUUGGAGGAAAAAGGAAAUCACGGAGACACACACACACACACACACACACACACACACACACACACACACACACACACACACAAACAAAAACAAAAGACUCUGCUCAGAGGUUUGUUUAAGGUUUAUCGCAAAGGAUCAGGGGAUGAGAUUCCUCCAUUUGAACUCUUGUCUGUUUCACCGUCAUCUGGGAGCCAGCUUCUCUCACGGAGUUGACUCGCACCUCACCUUACAGAAGACGGUUCACCAAAAAAGUUACUGAUUUAGGAAGAGGACGCCAGUACUCCAUACGAUGCCUGUCCAAAGUCACUGGACAUCUGUCCUUAUAAUCUGAAUGUACUGUUUGAUUAUGUAGUGCUAUAUUUAUGACUUGUACAGCAAUGGUGGGCUAAAGCUACUGUCAUUUUGAUCUGAUAACUGUAACAGUGUUUCACCGAGGACCUCAACGGGUUAGUGUUGUGAAUGCUGUAUGCAUUUUCUGCUUGUUUAUUUACGAUCAUGCACAGAACUACAUUACAUUUUUUUUUUUUUUUUUUUU